CCCCAGAAAUCUUUGUUAGUUUGCGACACAGAACUUCGCCAUCCUACAUUGGAGACAAGUCGUUUUUGGCUUUGUAGGCUUUUGUCUAAACGAAACGGGUCUGCUAAGAAUCAGCUGUCGUCUUUACAGGCAGUAAAUUACUAUCAGAUUCGUUCAUGGUAUCCACCUUCCAUACUCACUUUUAAUUGUGUCUUCGCGUAAACGAAUUGUGUCUGCUUCAGUCAAACGAGUAUGAAACUAACUUGUUUUUGGCAUCGAGACCUUUUGCUGUAAGCUGGCUUUCAUUGAAUUGGAUUACAAAGAGAAACCCUUGUAAAAUCACUGAAUGUGCAAGUGACGUCAACAUAAAACAUUAAAUGACCUGCUUUGCCUUCACCGCCUCAGAGUUCGAGCCGUCAAAUGACCAAAGGCUAAACGAAAAUUUGUAUCCAGGUGCCGCUUCAAAUUGCUGGAAAGGCACAAUAAGCUUUUAGAUUGGUCCCUUCUUUGACCAAUCAGCGGCCAUUAACACCUUAAACAAGCGUUUUGCUUACGCUGCAUGCCCAACGUUCCCAUUCAGAGUUUUGCCUUAACUCAUAUAAACAUUUUGACAGAGAGCUGUAACUAUAAAUCUCAAAUAUAUGUUUUCAAAUUUUCUACCUUUUUAAAAAAAAAUUUUUUCAAUAAACUCUACAAAAGCAGAAUUAAAAAAUAUUCUGCAUUUAAAAUAUGCGAUAAUUCAUUUUAGCGUUAAGAACUAUUAAUAUGAAUCGAAAUUUUGAUGUGACAUGUAAGUAUUUCACUUGCUUUCAUACUGGAGUUAUUUUUAGAAAUGGUUUAUAGGUUUUGGUAUCGCUUGGAUCUCUCUAAAGAAUAAUUUCCAUAGGUCUGGUAUUAUGAACCUAUACUUUUAGCUCCUUUAGAGGCAUGAGAAAAUUAACGGAGCCAAAAAAGAACCAAUGAGAAUAGUUUCUGGAAUAGAGUGCAUAGUAGUUACUGGCUUUGCUAUGAUUGCGAAGCGCUUUAGAUUCUUACAAAUGGCUUGAGUUACAUCCUGCACAACUCUAAAACGGAACUGAUCAACCAAAGGUAUUGUCUUACAUUCGACUACCAUUUGACAAUUUGCACAUUAUCAAUGCCAGCUGCUUCUUUAGAGAUCAUAGUGCUUCAUAUUUUUUCUGAUUUGGAAUGAAGCUGGUUACAGAGCUAAAAAAACUGUCCCUUGACUUUCUUAAACUGUCUUCAAAGUCCUUAUCACCCGUCAGGCUUCUCUUUACGUUCCACCAUCAACUUUUUCAUUCCCCUUCUUGGUUUCACUCAACUUUGCUCUGUUCUUUUAUUUGCCUUUUUCUCAGACUUCUUGAAGAUAAUGGCUUGGAAAAAAGCAAAAAUUUUACAACAUACUGACUUAAAGCUUUUCAGUCUGAUACCACUCUGAGUAUAAAACGUCCGGAUGCGGUUCCGAAAGACGUCGAGUAUAAAACGUCAAGAUGGGAAAUAGAUCUGCUCGAACUAGGCCAAUCAGAAAAGCGCAAGCACAAGACCGGUAUAGUUUUCCAGUCAGUAACUAUACAGUGCUUAUAGGAAUACUACAGCUAUGUUCGAAAAGUAUUGCACCAUCCGCCACAAAAUGGCAACACUGCCGCUAAAUUUUUCUAGUUAACCGAAUUUCAAAUAGCUAUAGCAAGUUAAAUAAAUGUUUUGAGAUUAUUGUUUAGGUUGAAAAUGAUGGAAAAUGCAUCAAGGAAUAGUAAUGAAAAUGAAAAACAAGAAGAUACGCCUUGUAUUUUCUUACUUUCAUAUUCUCAAAACAUGCCGACCGCUGCGAAGACACGAAAAGCGAGCUAUGAUGAUAGGAAUACCUGUGAAAUAAUUGCAAUAAAAAAUGUUUUCCAAGCACCAACUUGUAAGAUUUCGGUAAGACGUACUCAAAGAUACUCACUUUCUACUUGGGUGCCCAAAACUGUGAAUUUCCUUGACUGAUAUUAAAGAAUUUUUUUAAAGUCUUGUUCGCACGUUUUUUGUUCUGCAACAGGCCUAAUUUCGAAGACCAUUUCGUAGCAUCUUACAAAAGAAUUCAAUUAAUAAAACAUGCUACUAGUCUUUAGUUUUAUGUUUUCAAGUCCAUCGCGAUAUUGUUUAGGGAAAACAUAAUGCUGUGAAUUGCUCAAAACAAUAAUUUAUCUCCUCGUUGAAAAAAAUACCAAAAUAUCUACGACAAGCAGUCACAAAUAGGGACAUGCAACUGCCUCAAUGGCAUCGAAAGAGUCCUCGCUAAAAACCGGCCAUAAAAGUGCCAUUUUCUUUACAAUUCAAGGCCAUUAAAAUCAGCAUGAAAAUAGGUAAAAUUGAAAGAGCCAUGCCAUUUCUGAGCAGGACCACCAGAAAUCUGCUUGCCAAUGCCAUAGUGAUACCACAUUUUGAUUACUGUUGUGAAGCAUGGUCGUCAGCUAGCAACACUAGUUUAAAGAGACUUGGACGUCUCUAUAACGAGGCAACUAAACUCGCAUCUAAUGAAGACAGAAUAUCAAUACAAGACCGCCUUUAUAAGAACGUAGCAAUAUUAACUUUUAAAUGUUUGAAUGAUUUAACACUUAUGUAUCUCCAAGAAAAAUUCAAAUUAACAUCAUCUGUGCAUCAGAAAAACACAAGAUCGUGUAGAUACGACAAAAUAUAUGUUGAACGUAUAAAAAACCGAUGGUUCUUUUCAAUAUUCAAAGCAAGAGCUACUCAGAUAUGGAACAAAGUACCCGUUGAAAUAACACCUCUGUGUAGCAUUUUACAAUUUAAGUCACAUUUAAAGAACUGAUUUGGACAGAUAUAUUAAGGAUUUUAAUGCUUUGAUGUACUUUUUUCCUUUUAGCUUUUGAUUUUAAUUUUUACGUUACUUUGACAGUGGGCCCUGUUGUAAAGAAUUUUUCUUUUUGUAGAUAAAUUAUUAUAGGCUACCCACUUUAAAUAUAUCAUGUUAUUAUUAUUAUUAUUAUUAUUAUUGGUAAUUAUCAUUUGUGAUCACACUGGAGUCCAAGAGAAAAAACGAACUUCUUCUGUCUACACAAUAGCGGCAUUUUUGUUUGUAUGUAGAUUGAUUCCAAAACUGCUAGAUGAAAAGACGAUAACCUGUAGCUUGAAAUCAGGUUCAAAAGAUUGCUGCAUGUUUGUGAACUCGAUUGUUAUGGUGAAAAGAUACUAAAUUUCAUCGACAUCUAUCUUGUUUUCGUCCAAAAGAGCAUUCCAAACAUGACGUUUAGUCGUCCAUGCAUGCUGCAAGGUCCCCUAUCGUUGGGAAGUAUGCAGUUUGCUUGGUGUUCUUCUAUAAAAGAAAUUAAAGAUAAAUUCAAAUUUCAAAAGAAGUCAAAUGUGUCGAAACGAAAUACUUUUAGAACUUUUGAAUUUGCAAAAAUGAAAAACAUCUGAAAAGCAAAAUAAAUACUGUAAAAGUGGCAAAUUAGCUGAAUCAGUCACAAAUUGGCCAAAAAUGGCAAAUAUAUUUACAGUCUCGUCCACCAUACCAUACAAAAUUUACUUUAAAUUGUGGACCAAAAACGUGAAAGAACACCUUAAAGUACCUUUGAAAUCAGCUGAAUGUGUUGAAAAUGUGUCUGAUAUAUCCCGGCAUUAGUAUAGGCUCUCCCAACACAGAUUCCAAGCCAAAAUAACAGUAGCCCUUUAGCAAAUUUCAAUUAUUUCAUUGGCCAUAAAACACCCAUUAACACAUUGAGCCGAUUAUGCGCUUUUAUAUCUAUUUAAUGUUGUUUCUCCCAGAUCAUGUUAAAGAUUGUUUGAUUUUCUUCAGGUUCAAAAUUGGAAUUUUUUAAGAACAUCACACUUUGGUACUCUUUUCAGUUCUUUCAUAUGCCACAUACCAACUAAUUUUCAUAUUAAAAAAGAUAUCCUAAGGUCGGAUAGCCUACUCGGGCGAGAUCCAGCCAAUAAAGUGAUUUGUAUGUGAAACUCCGGCUGUGUUUGUAUGACGAGUGGACUUGCCCACCAAAGCGCCACCCUACUGUCGAGCCGCUGGGAUCCAACUCAGGUUGGACAGAAAUUUCUCACACAAACCCGAUUCAUUGUGUCAUCAGGCCUGUACAUAUUGUAUUAUAUUUGUAUCUACCUAGCAUCCGAAGAUAGUUUUUAGGACACUGGGAAGCUUAUGCUUAUCAAGCAGUGUCCUGGUCCUUCCUCUCGAUGUGGUCACUCCUCGUGAUUCCUAUGCCUGGAAUUACAGAGAGCUGGCAACUAUUCUCACUCAGGAUGAAAAAGUUUGGUCAUGUAAGGGACUCUAACCACGGACCUUGGGUCUGUAGUCAGCGCCUCUAACAACUGAACCAUCCUCGGCCUGUAGCUUAAUGUGGGGAUGAGAAUAUAAACACUGUGCUUGCGCAAGCUAGUAAGUCAAGACCUUCCUGUGUUUGGAUUUGAGGCUAGCUCAUUCAAGUAGGACGAAAUCCGAAAUCUGACCAUAUGAGCGAUUAUGCUUCUUAUGAGCAAUGUCUUUAAUUAUCCAGCUGAAGCAGAACAGGAUUGGGAUACCUCACAUCAUAUGAACAUUUUCUUAGAAGUUUUUUGGUGCUUUGGGCUAUUGAUCUAAAGUCAUAAAUUCUGUAGAGAGAUUUUAUGUGACGUCUUCAUUUGAAAACAGAGGUUUGUGCAAAAACUUUUCCGUCCUGCUGAAGACUUGCAUAUCCCGUACUCGGAAAUGUUUAUUUUCCAUAAAGCAACUGAUGCCGGUCGUUAUCCGACGUUUAUACUCUGAAAAGUGUCAGGCGCAAAGUACUUCAGUAUGUUAAGUUGCCCCUAUUUCGUGCCAUCGUAAAACAUUUUCUUUUAGUGCAUACUGUGCUUCAUAUUGCAAUGUUGCCCAAGGUUCUUAUCGAAAUAUAAGAAGGAACCAGAUAUUCCUUCUAAAAAGGAAACAGGAAAAUUUUUUUUAUCGUGCAAAGGAAUAUUUCAACGUUCAAUAUAAUUUCUAUAGUUCUUUCUUUUUUUAGUUACCCUUUAGAUUUUCGGCAUCAUAUUAAAUACAUCAUAUUAAACGGCGUCAUAUUCAACGAUGCCCUGUAUGGCAUUAAACCUCUUCUACCAUUGCCGAGAAUCUUAAUAUUCGGAACUUUACGCAGCCCUUGAUGCCCGACGAGACUUAAGAGCUUAUACAUAGUCUGCACAUUUUGAAACAUAAUCUCUCUUUUAUCUGAAAUGAAGGCGCCUUGAGUAAAUGAAUGGUUUAAUUGAUCAUUAUCAAGCACCUGUUUGUGUAAUUGAGCUUUUGGAUUAUUGAGCAAAAGGAAUCAGCCUUAUGACGCCACCAAGCUAUAUCUUAUUCAUGGAAUACACCAGCUGGGGGUAACCGUUUAAACUUCUGAAUACUAAUAUGUUUUGUCCACAAUACGGUUUAUAACUUUGGCACAAGUGUUCAGGCCGCUAAACUUCCACCCCAGUUAAAGUUAUAGUUGAUACUCUACAGAAUAGAGAUUGAGGCUGAAUUAAGUAUUCAGCACCGUAUUGACAUUAAUUUCUAUUUGUCUUGCACUAAUGACAAAAUGUGACGUCAUGUAAAUAAUUUUGCUUAUUUUUUGGCUUUUGACUUUAUUACCUGAAAAAGCACCAUGAAUAACCUCUGAACAUAAUACCUCUAAAAGUGCAAAAUCAGUUGAGCGUGCAAAAAGUGGGUUAAAUAUGACCAUUUAAAGAUUUCACGUCUGAUAACAGAUUGAAUGUCCUAAAACAGAUUUUCAUGACGUCAUCACUUAAGAACUCUACGUAGCAAAGCCAGGUGCUAUUUUUAUAAUGCAGAUGGUGCUAGCUGUUGAUAAAUCAGUCGAUGCUUCUUACAAAUAGGCGGAUGACCCUUUCCAAGAUUUAGCAGCGUUGAUUACCUGAAAAUGUAACUUAAGCCUGAAGUCCCAACUUUUGCUGUUCUUGGGAAGGAGAGUAAGUGAGGGUUUUAGUGUUGGAGGGGGGUGGGGGUGAUAUUCUAUUAUACUCAUGAUGGAGAUUCCCCGGGUGGUACUCUACUUUAUCCAUGGUGUAGCAUAGCGGACAAAUCUUGAUUGGUUGUUGGCGAGGUCCCCUUCUUGGGAAUCCUCCAGGCAAUACACCAAUCACGUUGCGAGAAUCAACCUCAGAAGGCCAAAUUUUAGCAUUUUAACAACUCCUCGUUUUAAAAACCCGGAAAUGCAAAAUGUAAAAUGCAAAAUGAAACAAACUUAGAGACUGUUAGGUCGAAAUACGAAGACAUUCUCCUUCAAUUUAUCGAGGCCUAUCUAGAAAUAGCAACAGAGAACUUUCCAAAUACCCAGGAUAAAAAAAAUAACAAAAGAAAAGGUGAAAAAAAUUAAACCAUGAUGAAGACAGGGUUCAGAAAGGCUUUCGACUGUGGAAGAAAGAGCGGGGGUGGGAGAGUAAUUUCUUUGUUGUAUGAUGAGUGCUGCGUACAAUUGAAAUGGCCUCCACUGACCCCAGCAACAGUCUCGUUUUACUGCCGUGCCUUUGCGGAUCCGUAUCUUCCUGUUUACACGGCGCCGAUGAAGGUACGGAUCCAAAUGGAUUCGCUUUCGAAUCGUAUCCAAAAAGGUACGGAUCUCUCCCAGAAAAGAUACGGAUCCUACCGUGCCCGUGUAAACGCAAGGCCUAUCGUAGCUAGUUUGGGCACGGAUCUAUGCGGAUCCGUUCCCGUGUAAACGGGGCCUAAUGCGACUCAAAUUAAAACGGAAUAAAACCGUAAUGUCGUUACUUAUUUGUAGUCAGACAUUCCCUAAUCACUAGGUAUUUUCAUUGAAACGUUUUUGUUUAACAAUUUUUAAACAUUUUAUUUUGCAAAAUUUUUUAGCAAGCACAUAAUCAUUGCGCCGUAAUCAUCUACAUAAAAGCUUUCGAAUUGCAAUUUUUCAGUUCCAAGUGUUUCUUUUGCUUCAUUGUUGUGGUCUCGUUGAUUGCAUUAAGCUAUCUCUUUUGAGGGGAUCCAAAUUGAGGAUUCUGCUGUAAAAGAUUCCAUUCAAGCCUUUGUUGAAAAGCUUGAUUUUUUACAAAUCAAGAUGAGGACGUGACAUUGAAGUACUUGAGUUGAGACCACUUAUGUAUGCUGAGCCAACACUUUCCAAGUUGAAAGUUCGUAAAAAAUUGUCUGCAAAGAUACAAAUGACCUUGUAUCUGGGUUUUGGGAGAAAACGUCGGAACCUUUGGAGAAAGAGAUUUAAUCGGAACAUUAGGCGGUAAAGCUGAUCAUAAACCAAUUGGAGGAAGGUGACACCAGAUUUUGACAUCGCCUUACUUCAUCCGAGAAAAACAAAAUUCCCUUUUAGUUUCCAACUUGCAAUGAAAUGUGCAAUCUGACUUUUAAACCGUAAGAGCUUAUUAGCAAGUCUUUAACUUUAUGCUUAAAAUAGUUGACACUGGAGCAAAUAUUCUUAGCAACUGCUCCCUUGGGUCAGCCGUCGGGAGAAAGUACCAAAUUGUACCAAAUUCCUAAGUUCUUUUGCCUCUAAAAGAUUCGGUUGAUAUCUGUUAGCUAUUCAUUCAUUUGUUCCUUGUGUGAGGAUGCGAUUUAUGAGGGACUGGAACGAGCGAGAGAAGAAGAGAGGGUUAAUUCGGAGAUAUAGGUUGGAUAGGUAGCAGGAGACGUUGUUAGUUAAGUAAUGGAAUAUCGAAGAAGAAAAGAAACUGAACAAUCAUUGUCUGAGAAACUAAAUAUGGCGUUGGCUAUUACUUUUGUGACGUCAUUGGUUUUAUUAACUGCAGACUCUGGAUCAGCCGUCCUGUUCAAUUCUUGCUUACGAAAGCUCGGAGUUUCAAACAGCAGCAUUGUUAGAGAUAGUCAAAUAACAGCUUCGUCAUAUUUAUACGGCGAACGAAAGGCAAUAUAUCACUUUAAACCCUAUUUUGCAAGAUUGCACACGCAUGGUGGCGGAGGAGCAUGGUGCUCUAGCAAUACAAAUGUAGGCCAAUAUAUUCAAGUAGAUUUCCUUCGCAACCUCAGAAUAAACUAUUUACAAACCCAAGGUCGAUAUAGGGGAGCUGAAUUUGUUGAGAAGUACAGGUUGCAAUAUCAGAGGAGUACUGAUGCUCAAUGGAGAUCCAUCACAGACAAUUCUGGCCGAGAGAAGAUAUUCCAUGGAAACAACGACACGGACACAGUGGCUGGAAACCGGCUUCCCCACACUAUCAUUGCAAGAAGGGUCCGACUUUUCCCAACGGGCGAUUAUUUCAGCAUCCAUUGUUUAAGAAUGGAGAUGUAUGGAUGCAGUUACGAUAACGCAUACUUGGUUUCAUACAGUGCUCCCGUCGGUAUAAAAAUCGGAAAAUUUGAUUUUACUGAUAGAAGCUACGACGGUAACUAUGUCAACAAGUCAAAGAUGCUGCAAGACGGGCUAGGUGAUCUAGUCGAUGAAUAUUAUGGAAGCAAUGACUUACAAACUGGUUGGGUUGGCUAUAACCUGUCGACAGUGGUCCUAACUUUCAAGUUUAGCAAGUUUCAGAGCUUCAGCAGUUUCAUCCUUGAGACAAGAACGUUGGCGAGAACAGACGUUCUACUUAAAAGCGUCGAGAUUAUGGCAAGCAUAGAUGGUAGAAAGUACUUUUCUGUCAAGAAGGUAUCUGAAGUCAUGAAGCAGAAAUCAGGGAACAAGCUAACUGUAAACAUUAAUGUUUACAGUGCGAAGUUCAUACGCUGCAAACUGGUUAGAAAAAUUCCGAAGGAUAUCAUACUUAUCAGUGAAGUUUCCUUUUUAAAAGGUCCUCCAAGGAAGCCUACAACAACUCAAAAACCAACAACAUCUUCAGCAAAAACAGAGCCUAAAUCAACUAGGAUUACAAGAAAGCAAUCCACAUACCCGAGGGUUCUCUCCAGUAAAUAUACAAAAGAGGUUAAGAUUUUCUCACAUCAGGGAACAGAAAAUAGGAGCCUUGCGACAAUAUUUUCGUCUGAAGAUGCCAAGGCAGCACAACCACGUGGUGGAUCAAAGCGAACGAAGUCCUUUUACAUUAUUCUUGGCAUCGGCACAUCAGUUGCUGCAAUUUUUACGCUGAUGAUUAUUAUGUUGAUCUGCUUUUUAAGAAGAGAAAAAUCGGAUGGAAAAGUCGCUAAAAAAUUUAAUCACGGCAAGCGGGGAUCCGACGCAACAAAAGUGAGUGAGCCUUUGCUGAAAAACACAGAAUUUCAGGGAACUUGCGGAACUUCCAAAUACAUAGGCCCUGAGAUUGUUGUUGUCAGCGGAUUUCCGUCAGAGAGAGAAAUUUCACGAGCUGCUGUCGAAUUCGAGAACAAAAUAGGAGGUGGAAAGUUUGGAGAGGUUUUCAUUGGACAAGUUAUCUGCCCAAGAGAUGACAGCUUAAGUGCCUCUGUCCACAAUUUGGUCGGACAGAAGGUUUUCAUCGAAAUGUUGCGCAAGGGAGCAUCGGUCGAAAUAUCGACACAGCUGCUAGAUGAAAUACGCGCCUUGUCCUGUUUACGGCACCCAAACAUUUGCCGUCUAAUCGCUGUUUGCACGAAAAGUGAGCCGAAGUUCCUUCUGAGUGAAUGUCUCGAAGGAAUGCGCCUCGACUCCUACCUUGCCAGCCUAAACCAGACAACAAACACUCGAAAAGGCGAAAUAUUGGCGGAUAUCGUUGUUAAAGUUGCGAGCGCUUUGAAGUAUUUGGCGUCGAUGAAGUACGUCCACCGCGAUAUUUCGUCCAGAAAUGUGCUGUUUGGUGUGGGAAACAUCGUGAAACUAACAAACACAGCUGCAGCUUGCCCUGGCUACUACGAUUGUUACUGUUAUUUGAAAGAGAAAGGCGGACUUCACCCCAUUCGAUGGAUGGCACCAGAAACCCUAGAUGAUUCUUGCUGCUCAGUCCAAAGUGAUGUUUGGUCGUUUGGAGUGUUGCUUUGGGAGAUUUACACAUUUGCAAAGGUUAUUCCCUUUGAAAGGCUUGGCAAUAUACAAGUUUUAGAUCGCCUCAAGGCUCUGUUCAAAGAGGGAAGCGGUAAUGUAGAAUACUUGCCACUCAAGUUCCUAAACUGCCCAACACUGAUUAUUCAAGUUAUGCUUCGUAGUUGGUACGUUUCGCCUGGCCAGCGAAUCACAGCCGACGAAAUUUACGAGUUGCUUACUAGAUAGAGUUGAGAACUCUUUCCUGAUUUCCUGAGAAUAGAAUCAAGAUAUUUCAACACAAACUGAUACUUUCGAAUUACUUUGAGGGCUGGCAAGAACUUUGACAACUUUUUCAUAGCUUGUCGAUUGAUUUUUGAGCCUUUUCAGUUUAGAGUUGUACUAUAGUGUUGAAAUCUAUUGCCAACGUAUUGCUGGUCCGUAAAUUGCUCCGGAGGUAAGGAGAAUCGUUGCCGUUAACGUUCGGUAUCAUUUCAUUUUCAUUAUCAAACAGCCUGUUAUUUCAAACCGCUUAUUGAGGUGCUACCAAUCAGGCUGAAGCCGGUCUGGUGAACCAUGCCGAUUUUUGAUGCCUUGUUUUCGUUUUUCGUUGGGUUUUAGUGUAUUUCAAACAACCCUUGUAGCGUUCUCUGACGGAUGGAUCCCAAAGGGAAUUUUGAGUCUCCUCGCUAUGGUUAGGUUUACCAGAGAAACGUCUGCGGAUAGUUUAUGGGUUGGACAGGAAAUUAUGUACAAAAUCUUUUUUCAAUGAUGCAACAGAGCACAAGACAAAUAUCUGCAAAAAAGGAUUACGACUUUGCUUCAUUUCAAGGUUGUCAAUCUAAAAUGCAGACGUUAACCUAUGACGUUGGUGUAGUAGGGGCUUGUAUCCCAUAUAGCAUCAUAGUGGCUUGAUAGCAAGUUUAAUGGCAAUAAUGCAUUUGGAGUAAAGGUUUAAGCGUACUGGACAUUAUGAUAAUUACUACAAAAACGAUAUUCCUUACUCAUUUUGACAACAGAGUGAGGUCCCUUGUAUCGGAGGUUGGGUUGAGCAGGCAACAGGAGAAAAGCACGGGGAGAGAGAAAUAUGAAUGAUAAAUACAGAGGGUGGUUUGGGGGGGAGAAAUAUGAAUGCUAAAUACAAGAUUACUAGAGAGUACAGCUUAAUAUUGAUGCCAGGGCACAGGGAAAUAGCAUGUUUUGAAUAGAUUACUUGUACAUUCCCUGUUUUACUUUAGUAGAUAUCUUAGCUUUAGGGCUUUUAUACUUCACGCCUUUCUCCUCAACAGAAUUCCACUACUGAUCAAAACUUUUUGUAUUUUCGCCUUUUUGAGUGAUGAAACAAUUUGAAAAUUCAAAUGGAUGAUAAGACCUCUCUUAAAAACUUAAUGGUUGGCGAAUUCGUCUUCCAAAAGCUAAAUUUUAUUAUGCUGUUUUGCAGACGCAUAAUUCGUUGGUUCUUGACAGCAUCCUUUAAAUACAUUGGUACAGUUUUUAUGAAAUUCAGGACCUUGUU